AUGGGCCUCUUUGGCAAAUCCCAGGACCGAAACCCAAAAGAUAUGGUCCAGGAAUGGUCGUCGAAGCUACGCAAAGAAUCGUUCGCACUCGACCGGCAGAUACGUUCCAUCCAGCGUGAGGAGGACAAAAUUAAGCGCUCGCUCAAAGAGGCGGCGAAAAAGAACGACAAAGAGGUGUGCACGAUACUGGCGAAAGAGCUCAUCCGAUCGAGGAAAGCGAUCAACAAAAUCUACACCAGCAAGGCACACAUCAACUCGGUGCAGCUACAGAUGAAGAACCAGAUGGCCACAGUGCGGGUGGCGGGCUCGCUGGCCAAAUCGACCGAGGUGAUGCAGGCGAUGCAGGCGCUCGUGAAGCUACCGGAGGUGGCCGCCUCGAUGCGCGAAAUGUCGAAGGAGAUGAUGAAGGCCGGCAUCAUCGAGGAGAUGAUCGACGAAACGAUGGAAUCGCUCGAGGACGUGGAAGAGAUGGAGGAGGAAGCGCAAAAGGAGAUCGACCAUGUGCUGUGGGAGAUAACGGCUGGCAAGCUGGGCGAAGCACCGGCCACACCGCUCGCCAACCCAACGAAGGACGAACCGUCGACGUCACGGGCCGAAGAGGAGGAGGAUGAAGAGGACGAUAUGAAGGAGAUGCAGAGCCGAUUGCAGGCACUGAGGUCGUGA